AUUCAUUCAUUCAUUCAUCCAUUCACCUCCAAGGGCGGUUCAAAGGUUGACGAGACCCGACGGACACAUGUUAUGCCUUGCGUAAACGCGACCCCCCUCUUCGAUGCAUUUUUAUUCAUCUAUUUAUUAUCUUUGCGUCUGUUUCGCGCUCGGGGCCACUGACAUGAGGAGCUGAGACCGACGCCGACUCAAGGAUGAAAAUGCUCCGGUUUCGCAGCCCCAGCAUCCGCUCCUUGGACCAGGAGCUCCUCUGCACGAUCAGGUUACUGGAUGACUCUGAGAUCUCGUGCACCAUUCAGAAAGAGACCAGAGGCCAGUUCCUGUUGGACCAUGUGUGUAAUCAUUAUAACCUGCUGGAGAGGGACUACUUCGGUAUUCGAUACGUAGAUCCUGAUAAGCAAAGGCAUUGGCUGGAGCCCAAUAAGCCUGUGGUGAAGCAAAUGAAGUCAGCUCAGCAGCCAUACACCAUGUGCUUCCGCGUCAAGUUCUACCCCCAUGAGCCAAUGAAAAUUAAGGAGGAGCUCACCAGAUACCUCCUGUACCUCCAGCUGAAGAGAGACAUUUACCACGGCCGCCUCCUGUGUCCCUUUGCUGAGGCUGCAUAUUUGGGAGCCUGCAUCAUACAGGCUGAGCUCGGAGACUAUGACCCAGAGGAGCAUCCAUCAGACUACAUCAGAGACUUCAAGCUUUUCCCUAAACAGUCCCUCAAACUGGAGAGGAAGAUUAUGGAAAUACACAAAAAUGAGCUCAGGGGUCAAUGUGCAGCGAUGGCAGAGCUUAACAUGCUCCAAAGGGCACACAGUCUGGAAACAUAUGGAGUCGACCCCCAUCCAUGCAAGGACUUUACAGGCUCAACAGCCUUUCUGGGCUUCACAGCCACAGGGUUUGUGGUUUUCCAGGGAAACAAGAGGAUUCACCUCCUCAAAUGGGGAGACGUAAGCAAGCUGAAGUUUGAAGGGAAAACCUUUUAUGUCAUUGGAGUCCAGAAAGAGAUCUCCUUAACAGGCAGGAUUCACUGUAACAGGAUGUCUUCACUGAAAAAGCUGGUUUUGACAUUUCACACAUCGACUCCUGCUGCGUGUAAGCACCUAUGGAAGUGUGGGGUGGAGAACCAGGCCUUUUAUAAGUGUGCAAAGUCGAGUCAGAUAAAGACCGUCUCAAGCAGCAACAUCUUUUUCAAAGGCAGCAGGUUCAGAUACAGUGGAAGAGUAGCAAAAGAAGUGAUAGAAGCCAGCUCCAAGAUUCAGAGGGAACCGCCAGAAGUUCACAGAGCACAAUUUGGUCAGAGUCGAAGCUUUAACUCUCUGAGCCAUAAAAAUCUCAUCAUGAACAUGGAACCUCUGGUACCUGCACUGCCAUCCACCAAUGAAUACGAAGAGACAGCAGCAGACUCUGGCAUUGUAGCUGUUAAGGACCCAGCUCCCCUGUCUCCUCUCGAGCCCCCUGGGCCAGACACUGAUCAGCCAAGUGCAGAAAGAGGAAACUCCUCUUUGAUCAAUGAACCACAGCCUCACUGUGUUUCCCUGGAAACCUCAAACAUCCCACCCCAAACACCCAAAGCUGAAGACGGACUGGAGGAAGACGGCGAGGGCUGCUGUCCACUCACCAUCUCUGAACUUGCCUACAGCCCCUGCGCCAGUAUGCUCCCCACCCCAGUGGAGGACAGUCAGGGAGGAGUCAACCAGCUCUUCUUCUCUCCAGUCCAGAGUCCCGCUAGGUUGCUGAGAGAGCUCCACGCUGACCCUGACAUCCAAGCACAGCUGGAGGCUGAAAGGGAGCGAGACCGAGCAUAUGAACGCAGUCGCCUGGCCUCCAGAAGUGGAAUGAGCAGGGCCCUUGCCAGUAGCCUGCGCCUGCUUUCAUCCAACGAGAGAGUCAACACCUGGGUGCUGGGUGUAGCUAGGUUUGCUGCUGUUCUCAUGGGUGUCCUACUUAUCACUGUGCCCACACUGCUGCUGCUGCUGGAGUCGGACAUCGACGUGUCGUUCCUCCACGAGAUCAGGCAGACGCCAGAAUUCGAGCAGUUCCACUACGAGUAUUACUGCCCACUGCGACGCUGGAUUCUCUGUAAGAUCAGCAUGGCCUUGGAGAACCUGUGGUCUGACUGAGGAAGAGGGAGAUAGAAGAAAAGGAAUUAUUAUUUUCAGUUCAAAGAAAGAUGGAGCCAAAUGUCUGUCUAAACAUGUGGUUUAACUUCAGAUGUCUUAAUUCAUUUUAAUUAACCAGUUAGGUGAAGUUAACUGUCCUGUUCAAAAGUGUUUCCAACAAUUUGAAAAUAAUUCUAUUUCUUUGACCUGAUAGGUAGACUGAUUUACCUCCUAAGGUUAAACUUCAUUUAAGUAAUCAUCAUGAAGGUGGAUCACCUGAUAAGACUGACAUUUCUGGCAAGAAUUACCUGAGAAUAAAAAAAGGAAAUCAUGAAGGGAAGCAGAAUGAAUAAUUUUUUUUAUUGGUUUUAUUUUUCUUUACAUUUGAAAAGCUUCUGCACUCCUGAUGCUGACAAGUGGAGACAGAGACUCACUAAUAACUCUGAUUGGUUUCAUCUUUUAAACCAGGUCACCUGAUUGGUUAUCAGGUCUGUCAGUGAUGAAGGAGUGGGUGGGAACUGAAAGAAAAAAAAAUACCAGUAAACACAACAACAGCAACCGAUUCAUUAGAAAAUACAAAAUAAUACUGAAAAUUGCUACCAAUAUUAAAUAAGUUGUUUUUAAAGUUUUAUACGUUUAUAUGUGAUUCAGAUCUUUCAGGAAUUUUUCAGUCAGAAGAUCAACCUUGAGCUUAUUUUCAAAUUAAGAGUUUACAAAUGGUCACUAUAUAUAUAUAUAU